AGGGUUUAUGAGUUUAGGGUUCCAGAGGAGAAAGAGCUAUGGCGAUGAUGGAGGCAGACAUCUUCGAUGCCGGGGAAGGCGAUGAGGCCGGGAUGUCGACAGAGGAGAUGAUCCGGCACACGCGGAUCCUUGAGAAUGAGGUGCGCGUUCUCAAGGAUGAGGUCCAGCGCGUGACGCUGGAGCUGGAUGCAACCAAGGAGAAGAUCCGGGAGAACCUAGAGAAGAUCAAGCUGAACAAGCAACUGCCUUACCUCGUCGGGAAUGUGGUCGAGAUCUUGGAUGUAAAUCCUGAGGAUGAAGCUGAGGAAGACGGUGCCAAUGUCGAUCUCGAUUCUCAAAGAAAAGGAAAAUGCGUCGUGCUCAAGACCUCCACUCGCCAAACAAUUUUUCUCCCAGUGGUUGGUUUGGUGGAUCCGACCACUCUAAAACCGGGUGACCUUGUGGGUGUGAACAAGGACAGCUACUUAAUCUUGGAUACACUUCCGUCCGAGUAUGAUUCUCGUGUCAAGGCUAUGGAAGUCGAUGAGAAACCCACAGAGGACUACAGUGAUAUUGGAGGGCUUGACAAACAAAUUCAAGAGCUGGUCGAAGCAAUUGUCCUCCCGAUGACACACAAGGAAAGGUUUCAAAAUCUGGGCAUCAAGCCACCGAAAGGAGUUUUGCUCUAUGGUCCUCCGGGCACGGGAAAGACUCUCAUGGCCAGGGCGUGUGCAGCUCAAACUAAUGCAACGUACCUCAAGCUUGCUGGUCCUCAGCUCGUGCAGAUGUUCAUCGGAGAUGGAGCAAAGCUCGUAAGAGAUGCCUUUCAGCUGGCAAAAGAGAAGGCGCCCUGCAUCAUUUUCAUCGAUGAAGUCGACGCUAUUGGGACCAAACGUUUUGAUAGUGAAGUUAGCGGUGAUCGGGAAGUCCAACGGACCAUGCUUGAGCUUUUAAAUCAGCUUGAUGGUUUCAGUAGCGACGACCGGAUUAAGGUGAUCGCAGCAACAAACAGAGCAGAUAUUCUAGACCCGGCUCUGAUGCGAUCUGGCCGUCUGGACAGGAAGAUCGAAUUUCCUCAUCCCACCGAGGAUGCCCGAGCGAGAAUCUUACAAAUUCACUCGAGGAAAAUGACUGUGAGCUCCGAUGUGAACUUUGAGGAGCUGGCGCGCUCCACGGACGACUUCAAUGGUGCUCAACUAAAGGCCGUGUGCGUGGAAGCUGGAAUGCUGGCUUUGAGGCGCGAUGCCACGGAGGUUACGCACGAGGACUUCAACGAUGGCAUCAUCCAAGUGCAAGCCAAGAAGAAGGCCAGCUUGAACUACUACGCAUGAGCAAAUCAUAGAAGGGAUAGAAACCCUCGCACAUUUGAUUGUGAAAACUCUGAUUUUAACGAACUGGGGUUUUAAUGACAUUCUUAGAAUAUCUAUGCUAGAAUAUUUUAAUUAACGGUAAUCUCAACUUAAUCUUUCAA